AUGGCUGCUGGAGUUGCAACAUGGAUGCCCUUUGCUCGGGCAGCAGCCGUAGGCUGGCUACCACUGGCCCAAAAGACCAUGCCCAAGCCUCCUGUGGACAAAAAGAGUCGCAGUGAUGAGAUCUUGUUUGUAAAUGUGAGUGGACUACGCUUUCAGACAUGGAAGAACACCUUGGACCGUUACCCAGACACCCUUCUAGGCAGCUCAGAAAAGGAGUUUUUCUACAAUGAGGAAACUCAGGAAUAUUUCUUUGACAGGGAUCCAGAGAUGUUCCGCCAUAUACUAAACUUUUUUCGAACAGGCAAGCUACAUUACCCCCGACAUGAAUGCAUUCAGGCUUUUGAGGAAGAGCUGGCCUUUUAUGGCAUAAUACCGGAGAUCAUAGGUGACUGCUGUAUGGAAGAGUACCGGGAUCGCAAGAAGGAGAACCAGGAGCGUUUGGCUGAGGACACCGAGGCCGAGAAUGCCGGAGACGCUCCCCUGCCCCCAGACGCCACAUUACGAGAGAGGCUAUGGAGGGCCUUUGAGAACCCUCACACAAGCACCAUGGCCUUGGUUUUUUACUACGUCACUGGCUUCUUCAUCGCUGUGUCUGUUAUUGCCAACGUUGUGGAAACAGUUCCCUGCCGACCAAUCAAAGGGAGUAUAAAGGACCUGCCGUGUGGUGAGAAGUUUUCAGUGGCCUUCUCUUGUUUGGACACGGCCUGUGUGCUUAUCUUCUCCUUCGAGUACCUCAUGAGGCUGUAUGCCGCCCCCAGCCGCUGUGAUUUUGCGCGUUCGGUGAUGAGCGUGAUAGACGUGGUAGCCAUCUUGCCCUUCUACAUCGGCCUUGUCAUGCCAGAGAAUGAGGAAGUCAGUGGGGCCUUUGUCACCCUGCGAGUCUUCCGGGUGUUCCGUAUCUUCAAGUUCUCCCGUCACUCUCAGGGGCUGCGUAUCCUGGGCUGCACGCUGCAAGCCUGCGCCUCGGAGCUGGGCUUCCUCCUCUUCUCUCUCACCAUGGCCGUCAUCAUCUUUGCCACCGUCAUGUUCUACGCUGAGAAAGGCACCAAGGGAACCACGUUUUCCAGCAUCCCCGCCUCCUUCUGGUACACCAUCGUCACCAUGACAACACUGGGAUAUGGAGACAUGGUUCCAGACUCCAUAGCGGGCAAGAUAUUUGGCUCCAUCUGCUCCCUCAGUGGUGUGCUGGUGAUUGCUCUACCUGUGCCUGUUAUAGUCUCCAACUUCGCGAGGAUCUACCACCAGAACCAAAGGGCAGAUAAGAUGAGGGCACAGCAGAAAGUGCGCCAGGCAAGGAUUCGAAUGGCUAAAAAAGGGGCCACCAAUGCAUUCUUGCAGCACAAAGAGGAUGGGGGAUUGCAGGAUGGUGAUGGUGACAGCACACCUUUUUGUGUGAAGAACAGGUCCGCCUUUGAGCACCAACAUCAUCACCUAUUGCACUGCUUGGAGAAAACCACAAAUCACGAGUUCACAGAUGAAGUCACCUACAGCGAGGUGUGUGUGACCGACUCAGUGGGCUUCCGCACCAGCCGCAGCACUUCGCUGUCCAGCCAGCAGGGGGCCACCACAACCUGCUGCUCCCGCCGGGCCAAGAGGAGGGCCUUCCGCCUUGCCAACUCCACUGUCUCUGUCAGCCGGGGCAGUGUGCAGGAGCUGGACACGCUGCACGUCACCAAGACUCCUGCUGGUACCCAGUACCCACAGAGUCGCUCCAGUUUAAAUGCCAGGACUGAAGACCUGAAGCUGAACUGUGAUGACUACACGGCAGCCAUCAUCAGUAUCCCCACUCCCCCAGCCAACACUCCUGAUGAGAGCCUACCUAACUCACCCGCCAUCCCUGGCAUCCUACGCAACUCUCGCUCCAGUACCUUCAACACCCAGGACACUGUCAAGAUCUCCUCUUUAUAA